GGAAGACUGCACAAGAUCAUCCACUGCAGCAGCCCACCUCUCUCCACAAUCGCCUGUGGUUUACAGCUUUUGGUUUUCACAGCACUCGUCUGUGUGAGCUGCGAAGCACACAGUGCUGCAGAGACAACGUGCACAGAGAUUACAGUAAAUACAAGCUAUAACUGCGAAGGUUUAGGACUGAGGGAGAUUCCUGCAAAACUACCUGUCACAACCAAAAUCCUUGACUUCAGCUUCAAUGUGCUCCCUUCCCUCCUGAAUUCAACCUUCUCUGAGCUGAAGUCUCUUCUCUACUUGGACUUAACAAGGUGUCAAAUCAGCUGGGUGUAUGACGGUGCCUUUCACAGCAACAGGCAGCUAAAGACAAUUGUGCUGACAGGAAACCUGCUCUUGUUUCUGUCUGACACAGCAUUCAUUGGCCCACUCCUGGAGCAGCUUGUCUUAACACAAACGGGAAUAAGCAGCAUGUCCUUUAUUCCAAUGACAAAUCUGGAUAGCUUAGAUACCCUCAUCUUGGGCAGAAACCACAUCUCUUCAUUGCAGCUUCCUCCCAACUUUCCCACUCGGAUUGACUUUCAAAUGAACAACAUACGAGCAAUCACAGCAGAAGAUGUCUGUGUUCUGCACAAGAUCAGCAAUAUAACUCUCAUCUUUAAAGGCAAUGACAUUACAUACAUUGAACCUGGAGCUUUCCACUCCCAUUACUACAGUUUGGACUUUGGGGGCUGCACUGACAUCCCUGGGAUCCUGGCAGGUAUACAGAACUCCACAGCCCAGACACUUUGGCUGGGAACAUUCCGCAGUGUGAAAAAGGAGUCCCAUGUAAGCCCAGAUGUUUUACAAGGCCUCUGUAAUGUCUCUGUUAACGAUCUCUAUCUGCCAUUACGGCACUUCAGAAAUCUAAAUGCUGACACAUUUCAGUGCUUAACCAGGCUCCGAAAGCUAGACCUAACCGAAACUCACAUCUAUGCACUGCCCCCUGGCAUCAGUGGCAUGAGCUUGCUAGAGGAGAUAAUUCUCAACACAAACUCCUUUGAGCACCUCUGCAACAUCAGCUCUGCUGCCUUCCCCUCCCUCACCCACCUCCUCAUCCAGGGUAACUCACAGGUCCUGCAGCUGGGCUCUGGCUUUCUGGAGAAACUGGCAAAGCUUCAACAUCUCGAUUUAAGUCAGAGUCGUAUUGAGAGCUCUGACUGCUGUAGAGAUGCACUGAGCGGUUUGAGCAGUCUUCGUCACCUGAAUCUGAGCCACAACAUACAGCUCCAUCUCCAGGAUGUGCUCAUUAAGGAUAGUGCUAACCUGGAGGUGCUGGACCUAGCCUUCACUCCUCUUCAUGUCAACACUUCCCAGGGUCCUUUCCGAAAUUUGCAUCUCUUGCAAGUGCUGAAUCUUUCCUCUUCCAGCAUUAAUACUAGCACUCAUCAUCUCUUUCAAGGCUUGGAAAACCUCAUGUUCUUGGACCUUAGUCAAAAUAACUUUGAGUUGGGGAUCAUGCCAGAGGACAAACUGUUCCAACAGCUAUCCAAUUUAGAGGUGCUAAUAUUAUCAUCCUGUGAACUGACAGCAAUAGGCAACCAAGCAUUUCACAGCCUCAAGAAGUUACAGCGUGUCGAUCUGAGCCACAACAAACUUACUGCAUUCAGCACAGAUGCAUUUUCCAGUCUCAAGAGCAUCUAUCUCAGUUUUGCCCAUAAUGGGAUCCAUAUUGUACCAGGUGACCAGCUGGUGUCCCUAGCUGGCCACUGUGUAAUCAAUUUAAGUUACAACCCUUUGGACUGCACCUGCUCCAAUAUUGGUUUGAUCACCUGGUACAAGCAGAAUCUGGAUAAAAUUGAGGACCCUGAAGGAACAAAGUGCUCUGAUCCCAAGUUGCUAGCUGGGACUCAGCUGGCCAGGAUCUUGCUCUCCUGUGGGACAAACACAGCAGGAACCAUUGCAGUUGUCCUGGUUAUUUUAUCCUGUGGUGCUAUCUUCUUUUGGGAUGCUCGCUAUUUCAAGCAAAAUUACCAGCAAAUAUAA